AUGACAUCUUCUCUAGAAGUGGGUAAUUCCCAGCAGAAAGAUUUACCGCAGAAGGAUGGCAGUGGUAAAGUUACUGAAAUAAGUGCUAUUGACAAUGAAGUUACGUAUUUCGAAAACGUCAAGCAAGGAAGUUCAAAUUCUACAUACUCGCUGGAGUCUGAUCAUCAUGCUGCUUCCAACACAAGAUUUAGAAGGUUUAUAGAUUCAUUCAAGAAGGCAGAAGGUCCUCAACCGGGGUCUCUAGACCAUGAUGUAUUGGCUGGCGAUUCUGAUAUCGAAGGAAAACCUAGAACGGAACCUGAGAAGGAUGAUGAUGCAAGGGAGUUGAAAAAGACUAUUAAGCCAAGACACGUGGUUAUGAUCUCGUUGGGUACUGGUAUUGGUACCGGUAUGCUUGUUGGUAAUGGUACUUCUCUUGCGAAUUCCGGGCCUGCCGGGCUAGUUAUUGGUUAUGCCAUUAUGGGGUCGUGUAUUUAUUGUAUUAUUCAAGCUACUGGUGAAUUGGCUGUUCUUUAUACCAAAUUGACUGGUGGGUUUAACGCUUACCCUUCCAUGUUGAUUGACCCAGCAUUUGGGUUUGCUGUUGCAUGGGUUUAUUGUAUUCAAUGGUUAUGUGUUUGUCCCUUGGAAUUGGUUACUGCCUCGAUGACUAUCAAGUAUUGGACUACGAAAGUGGAUCCUGAUGUGUUUGUUGUUAUCUUUUAUUGUUUGAUCCUGUGUAUCAAUGUUCUUGGUGGUGCAGCUGGUUAUGCAGAGGCAGAAUUUUUCUUUAACUCGUUUAAGAUUCUGAUGUUAACUGGGUUUUUCAUUCUCGGUAUUGUUGUUAUUUGUGGUGGUGCUGGUAAUGAUGGGUACAUUGGGACUAGAUUGUGGCACAACCCUGGUUCUUUCCGAGGUGACAAACCCGUUGAUCGUUUUAAAGGUGUUGUUUCCACUUUGGUUAAUGCUGCGUUUGCCUUUGGUAUGAGUGAAUUUCUUGGUGUUACUGCGAGUGAGCAGUCUAACCCACGUAAGGCUAUCCCUUCGGCAGCCAAGAAGAUGCUUUACAGAAUUAUUUGUAUUUAUUUGGGUAGUGUGACGAUUGUUGGGUUCCUUGUUCCAUAUGAUUCUGACCAGUUGUUGGGGUCGAGUGGUGCUGCUACUAAGGCUUCACCAUACGUGCUGGCCAUUUCGUUGCAUGGUGUGAGAGUUGUACCUCAUUUUAUCAAUGCUGUUAUUUUGUUGUCAGUGUUGUCAGUCGGUAAUUCUGCGUUUUAUUCUAGUUCUCGUCAACUGUUGUCACUUUCGCAAUUGGGGUAUGCACCAUCGUUCUUGAACUAUGUGGAUCGUAACGGUCGUCCUUUGAAGGCUUAUUGUGUUUCAGCACUUGUUGGUGUUAUUGCAUUUUGUGCCACGUCGCCCAAGGAAGACCAAGUGUUUGUGUGGUUGCUAGCUAUUUCAGGUUUGUCUCAAUUGUUUACGUGGUUUUCCAUUUGUUUAUCUCAUUUAAGAUUUAGACGUGCCAUGAGAGUGCAGGGAAGGUCGAUGGGAGAAGUUGGGUUCAAGUCUCAAGUGGGGAUAUACGGUUCGUUGUAUUCCUGUGUGAUGAUGGUGCUGAUAUUGAUUGCGCAGUUCUGGACAGCUCUUGUUCCCGUGGGUGAGGGGAAACCCGAUGUGCAGGCGUUUUUCGAGAAUUAUCUUGCAAUGCCCAUUUUUAUUGUGUUGUACUUUGGGUUCAAGAUCUGGAAGAAGGACUGGAGGUUGUUUAUUCGUGCUGAGGACAUUGAUUUGGUGUCGCACAGAGAGAUAUUCGAUGAAGAGUUGUUGAAGCAGGAAGAUGAGGAAUAUAGGCGUAAGUUGAGAGACGGGCCAAUGUGGAGGAGGGUUUAUGAUUUCUGGUGCUGA